GUCAUUCCUCGGUUGAUCUACGAUUCAUGGCCUACGAGUACGUAUUGUACUGUACUCCAAAGGGRCCAAUGAAUUUUAGGAGUAGGAAACACGUUCUUCGCAAAGAUUAUUCUUUACAGAGCAUACGCGAAACCUUGCAGCGACAUCAGAAAGGAACUAUUGGAUAAAGCAUACAGCUGAAUAACACAGCCUCGAACCCUCAUUGCUCUUGGCACAAUCACAAUUUUUGGCUCGUUAGAUUAAGAUGGAAGACGAAAUCGGGGUCACGGUUGUGUCGGACAAAGACACAAGCAAUGGAACGGUCCCAUCGGAUAUCGAUGUUAAUUCCAGGGACAGAGAGUGCGUCCUGGCAAGCGGCCAGGUAUGCAUUUGUUCGACUUGUGAGGCAACGAGGACACGAAUGCUGCACAGGCUGAGCAGCAAAGAAUCGGUUAGCAAAAAACGCAGUCGUGGUGACUCUAUUGCGCUAUCCGAAAAGAAGAAACCGCGGAACGAGGGAGAGCAGCUGGAAAAGAUGCAAGAUGCAUGCAAGACGAUCUUAGAGUGCAUCGGUGAAGAUCCAUCCCGCGAGGGUCUGUURAAGACACCUUUGAGAUGGGCCAAGGCUCUGAUGUUUAUGACCAAAGGCUACGCUCAGACUUGCCAAGAGGUCACCAACAAUGCUGUGUUUAGCGAAGAUCACGACGAAAUGGUGGUAGUCCGGAACAUUAGCAUACAUUCCCUCUGUGAGCAUCACAUGGUUCCAUUCACCGGACGYAUACACAUCGGUUACAUCCCGAAUGGCAAGGUGAUUGGCUUGUCGAAAUUGGCUCGGAUUGCCGAAGUCUUUGCUAGACGGCUCCAGGUUCAAGAACGCCUUACCAGCCAAAUUGCAGAUGCAAUCGUCGAAGCUGUCGAACCCCUCGGGGUUGCCGUCGUUGUCGAAUGCUCUCACAUGUGCAUGGUAAUGAGGGGUGUACAAAAAGAGGGGACAUCCACAGCCACGUCGUCGGUCCGGGGAUGCUUUCAGAGCAAUUCCAAAACCAGAGCUGAAUUUUUCAGCAUCAUACACGGAAAUGCUCCGAAAUUUUGCUAAACAGAAAGAACGUACGCGAAGGACAACCCCAUKCAUUUUSACUCUCGAGGGUSCCAAUUGGUAUGCACCAUUACCAUUCAAUCCAUCGSACUAUYAUUGAUAACUUAAUACCAUUACUUGAAAUACCUUGUUCAAACAAUAGAGCUGCUUUKGUGGCGGCAAAAUAAUGAUCGAGAUUUACGCUCAGGGUUGUAAAUGUGAGGAUCACUCUUCAUCGUAAACCAUGUAUUAUCUUACGGUACUCUACGGAGCCUAUCAGUAUUUCACAGUAAAUCCAUUAAAAACGA